GUGUUGGACGUAUAUUUCUUCUAUUCUCUGCUUUCAUUUAUCUAAUGAAUAUAACGUUCGUUUCUCCUUAAAAUUAUUUAUUUCAAAUUGAAUAUACGAUUCAUUCAAUUAACACAAUUUUUUUUGGUGUAUUGUUUAUUGAAGCAACGGAAAAAUUGUGCAACUUUAGUAAAGUGAAAUGAAACAAUGAAUAUUUAAAUUACAAGUGUUAAAGUUAUGAAUAUUCUUAUACAGUACAUGGAAUAACGAAAGUCAAUAGUUGAACUGCGUAGGAGUGUCUGUGUAUGUAUGUGUGUGUAUAUGAGUGAAAUCGAGAUGAACUGAAAGCCGAUCGACAAUCGUCAAAAUCGUCUCUUGAGGCUUAUCAGAAUUUGUUUUCUUGGAAAUAGAUAUGCACGCAGUUAUGUAAUCAGAUUACAAUGUUGUCCAUUUUGAUGAUGGUGCCAAAAACGUGGCAAAGAUGUACAGUAGCAAAUGUGACAAAAUUAAUGACCUUGGCCGCAGAAGGCCGAUGUCGCGGUGCAUUGAAGGAAUUCUUUGCGUGAUGACCGCGGGGAAAGGAUGCAGUGUGAUUUUUUGAGAAGCAGCAAAAAGAGGUGAACGAUCUUGCGUAUAAUAGGAUCAAGAUGAAACGUGAGUGAACUUCUUGAUCCAUUAUCCCAUCAGUCGUAUAAACACUACUGUGUUGUUGUAUGUGCUAAAAAAAUGCUAAAAAAAUGCUAAAAAUUAGCAUAUUUUUAUAAAAAAAAAUCAGAUGUAAAAAAGAGACAAUAAGAAAAAAUAAUGCCACCGGAAUGAGGACAAAAAUUCAUCAAAAAAAUCUUGAAGCUAUUUUUAGCGAGGCCAGAUUUAGAGAUACUUCUCAACAAAUUCACAAACAAUGGCAGGCUGAUCCCGCAAGAGCUUUUCCAACCGUUAAUAACAUCAGCAGUAUUGAAGACUCGCCAACCAUUAAUUUUUUAACUCCUAGUCUUACAUAUCAUCAGAACGGAACAUACAAGUCGCAGCCAAAGAAUGUUAAUACUUAUGCUAGAAGUUCUAAUGGCAAAGACGUGCAGUCGAGAGCUCUCUCGACGACGUCGUCUUCAUCGAGGACACCAGGUGUGGGUGCAGAUUCGGUGACGAUGGGAUCAGGAAGAGGUGGAAAAGUACGUGAAGUAAUGGAACUAUGUUAUGUGACAGAAAGGAUCAUUGCUCUCUGGUACCGAGAAGAUGAACGAGGAGCUCUUGAACAUGCCACGUCUCUUCUUCGAGGGAAACAUGCCAAUAAUUACCUGAUUUUUAAUUUAUCUGCACCUUAUCGAUCUCGAGAUCCUAACACACGGCAAGCAGGAUGGCCUCAUGGAUUGGCGCCCAGUUUGGAGAGACUCUGUUCACUUUGUAAAGAUAUAGACUCUUGGCUGAAUGCUGCACCGAAUAAAGUAGUAGUGCUCCAUGCUAGAGGGAGUAAAGAACGAGAACGAUUAGGAGUAACAGUUUCUGCCUAUAUGAAUUACAGCAGUAUUUGCGGGUCAAAUGAUCAAGCUCUCGAUAGAUUUUCUAUGAGAAAGUUCCUUGAUGACAAAAUCGGCAAACUUAAAGUACCAUCACAUCGAAGGUAUAUUGAAUACUUUAGUGGACUUCUCUCAGGUUCUCUUCGUAUCAGUCCAUCUCCAUUAUUUUUAACUCAUGUCACAAUUUUGGGAGUGCCUCUUUUCGAACCUACAGGAUGUCGAGCUUUCUUAAAAGUGUAUGAAGGUUUGACGCCAGUCUAUACUUCUGAUCUCUAUUCGGUAACUAAUGCCCGUGAAUUUACUGUGAAUCUUGGGGGUCUUCGCCUUAGAGGGGAUAUUUUAAUCAAAUGCUACCACAGAGACUACUCUAAGCAAAGUCGCGAAGUUAUGUUUUCUCUACAGUUUCACACAUGUGUCAUCACUGAAAGCGUGGUCUCGUUUCCCCGUUCGGAAUUAGAUUUUGCAUGUGAUGACCCAAGGUGUCCAUUCGAUAGUGUAAUGACCUUAUACUUUGCGACAGCCGCCAGGCGAGAUGGACCAAUACCAGCGCCGACUCCUGCUGUGCCUCAUGCUUCAGCACAUCACGACCCCAUAUUGCAUUGGGAUAGUUAUGCGAAUCUAGAAAUCAACGAGGAUGAUCGGGACACGCCGCUAUCUUUACCUCCACAUUCUAAUCCUUUACAAACAUCUCCUCGUGGAUUAGGAUAUACUUGCGGUCCUUUGGAUGGAUCAAUUUAUGCAGUGGUACAUCCACCUACAGGAGGUGGAACUCGUGGUUCUCCACUGACUGUUUCCAUGGACAGUGGAAUUAGUAGUGGACCACCACAACGAUCUAGUCCCCCUGAAAUUGAAGCUGAAAAUCAAGCUCAUGGUGAUCUUGAUAAAUUAUUACACGACAUGAUGCUUACCGUUGAGUCAAUGCCAGAUGCCCCAACGAACGAAUUUCAUCGAACAGACAGAAAUGGUUCUCGAAGUUAUAGUAGUCACGGCAGUCAUCCCACUUCUUCGAAUUAUUCGACCUUGAAGGAUUCGUAUAGGAGUUACGGUGCUGGAAAAGAAUCGAGUAGUCCUUCUGUUCGCACAGACUUUGGAAGAGUGUACGACGCAGUUGACUUUCGAGGAUCUCCCGAUCGAAAAUAUGGCGAUUCAUUUUCACCUCUUGGAAAUAUAGACUUCAUUGAUGACGACAUUCCCUAUCACGCGAGACAAACUAGUCAACCAUUCUCUUAUGGUGCCACUUCAGAUAUGAUUAAACAUCAAAAACUCUCUUCACCAUCAUUAGUUAGAAAGGCGUCUGCACCUGUUGUUGAUAUAAAUGAUAUUCUCGGAGAAAGUACAAGUCCCAUCAGCCCUCAUAAUUCUUCAGCGCCUCCUCAACCUCCGACAGAAUUUUCCAAUGGUUCAAUUAAACACAACAUGGAACACAUUGAUGGACUGUCCUGGUUGAGGCAACAGCAGUUAAAAUUGGCAGCAAGAAAAGAUGAGAGAAAUCCAGCAAAAAUUUGGAGACUGGAAGCUGGAAAUCGAAUGCUUGGUGAACUGAAAACAGUACAAAGAUCACGAUUGAGGCACGACGGAUAUGCCAGUGACUCGGCAAUUUUAGAUGAUGAAGAUGAUUAUUGGACAAGCAGCCCGAUUUCAGUCCAAAGAACAUCAGCUCCAUCGAGUCCUUUACUUCCGCAGAGAUCGACCAGUAUUGGAAAUUCAACUCUCGGCAGAUCGAGAACAGAAAGUGUGAAUGAGAGACCUUUUGUUGCCGUAAAAAGGGCUUACGAUUUUCGUAAAUACCACGACAAUCAGAGUCCAUCAUCCUUACAUGCAGCAUUAAUCGCAGCUCCACCCGUAGGCCUAAUCCAUCAUCAAAAUUUAAAUCGAACGAAUAAGCAGAUUCAGCAGCCACCUAGGCCAGAAUUGCGUAGCGAUAGUUUUGCACGAGCAGAAACUCUGCUCAAAGAAUAUCGACUCUUUAACAAUUUUCUUACUGAAUCUAUAAAUGUGCAAAAUAAUAGUCACGAAUCAAAAGAAACAAUACCUGGAAGUCGCGAGGUAUAUAAAAUUGAAUCAGAAGACGCAGGUCUACUGACUGUUGUGGAUCAAGGUGACUCCUUAAAGAUUACGGAUGAGAGUCAUCAUCUUCACUCCUUGACUGACGUCUCAUCCCUACAUGGAUCACCAACUACUAACCAAAUUGCUCACGUCAAUUUAGUUUCACCUGACACAUCAAUCAUCAACACUAUGAUCAGCACCACUAACAGUACCCCUAAUCAGUCGCCAAAUGCAUGGCAGAGUAGUGUACAGUCUCACAAUGAUUCCUCAUCGUGGACAGAGAGAAGUACAAGUCCCGGCGCUUCUCGACCGCAGACUCCAGCAUUUCCGGUUCCACGCACACCAUACGUGAACACAUCUCCCACAGUGACUUUUGCACCUGAUCGCAAUUAUAUUACACCAAAUAUUAACGAUUCUGGGUACAAUAUUAAUAACAAUCAUAUUGAUUCUGGAAUUGGCAACAUGAACAAUAAUUAUAUGAAUCGAGCAAUUUAUAUUGAGGAACGCAGAGACACAGCUAGGCAUCAAAGACUUCCUCCCAAAAGUCCGACAAUUCAACGCAAACCAGACGAAUUGGCAGUUUCUCAAUAUGGUGUAACUGGUGUACCAACACAUUUCGACUUCACUCAAAGUCCUAAGUCUGCAACAUCGUACAAUUCAAUAAACAGCGUUGGUCCAACAUCCAUUCAAGUUCAGUAUUAUACUUCGAGACGGUCUAGCAUUCAUUCGAACACGGAACCACAGGAAGUUGCGGAUGUCAACGUUAAAUUUGUUCGUGACACAAGCAAGAUUUGGUAUAAACCAAAUAUAUCCCGAGAACAAGCAAUUUCGAUGUUGAAAGAUGCAACUCCAGGUACAUUCGUGGUUCGUGACAGUAAUUCAUUUCCUGGUGGCUUUGGUUUAGCACUUAAAGUAGCAACUCCCCCACCUGGUGCACCAUCAUGUGAGCUUGUUAGACAUUUUCUAAUUGAACCCACGUCCAGGGGAGUGCGACUCAAAGGAUGCGCCAAUGAACCAGUCUUCAGUUCCCUUUCCGCUUUAGUUUAUCAGCACAGCUUGAUGGCAAUGGCUUUGCCAAUUCAAUUGCUGCUUCCAGAACCGGAUGCGACACUGAGAUCGCUUGACUCACCAGGAACAAAUAGUGCACAACAACUUUUAGCGCAAGGAGCUGCCUGCAAUGUACUGUACUUAUUCACAUUGGACACCGAGUCGCUAACUGGACCUCAGGCUAUCAAAAAAACAAUUGCAAUGUUAUUUAGUCAGAAGCCUCUUCCUGUUGCUACCAUAGUGCACUUUAAGGUUUCCACACAGGGCAUUACUUUGACUGACAAUGCCCGCAAACUUUUCUUUCGCAGACAUUACCCUACGAAUAAUAUCAGUUAUUGCGGUCUCGAUCCUGAUGAACGCUCUUGGAAUUUUAUCAGCGAUGUCACUGGAAGAGCCCUUAGUGCCCAUCGUUGCUUCGGAUUCAUUGCACGAAAACCGGCUCACAAAUCCGACAACCAAUGCCACAUCUUUGCUGAAUUGGAGCCCGAGCAACCGGCUGUAGCUAUUGUUAAUUUCGUUAACAAAGUUAUGAUGGGCAAUUCUCAUGUAAAAGCAAACAUCGUCUGAUAUAACACUGAAUCAAAAUCUUGUAAGAAACUGUCGUUAAACUUUUCUUUGCUUAAUUUAAUCACGUAUUUAUUGUUGUUUAUUGUUUUAACUCACAAUAGUUCAAACAAUGAAAUUGAAUGCCAGCAAGAUAAGUCAAUUUCUUAUUUAUUAAAAUAUAAAUAAUACCUUACAGUUAAUGAAAAGUACCUAAUUUUCACAAUAAAAAAAUUAGCAUUGAAUCAAAAGGAUAUUUUAAAUAAACAAAAAGUAAAUAUUUUUUUUGAAAGAAGAGAAAGAGAAACUGCCUUGAAAGUUUGUUUAAGAAAAUAUUACUUGUAGAAUAAUGUAAGGUAAUUAGAUUGUUGAGAGGAUAACAUUUUUUCGAUAGUCUUAUUCACAAGAUAAUAAAAGUUAAAAGUCUAUUCGAGUAUAUAUUACGACUGUUGCAAGCCAAUAUUGUUAUUAUAUUGCAUGUCGAUACAUGUUUAUAUAACUGUAUAUAAUAUUAACGCUUUAAGAAAAGUUAACAUAAGUUUCUUUUAAAGGGAGUUUACUUACGAUUUAAAAACUCUGACAAAAACUAGAUAUUUCAUUAAUAUAAAGUCCGAUAAAGUCUUGAAUAAUAUAAAUUAAGGUUCUUGCCAUUAUAAGAGAUGACGAUUGUAGCUUAUGAAAUAAGCUCGUCUAUUACUAUGCCUAGAAACGUUGACAGUCAAUUAAAAUCAAAUAAGUACGACAAUAUUGAUCCUAAUAAAUUUACAUCCUAUCCCUUUAAAAAAUAAUUUUGCCAGUCUUAAAUAAAUAACAGUUUAAUGUUAAUUUAACUUCAGUCAGUACAAUUAUUGUAAUGAUUAUUAUAUUUAUAUUCAACCUCUUUCCACAUAUAUGCAAUGAUUAUAAUAAAAUAACAAAUAAAAUAUAA